UGUCUUAAGGUUGGCCUUGAAAUCAGCUUUCAUGAGUUUGGAGGUGUCGGUGUAUGCGCCCAGCAUGUCGUCUGUCGUUUUCUUCACCCUCUUCAAGUUGGGUCGCUUAACACCCUUCAGGUCAGUGAUCUUCUGAUUCAGCAUGUCGAUCUGUGCAACAAACAUCACAGUUACAGAUGAACCAAUAAUCAUCCAGCUGCAACAUCCGAGUAGUGCUGGACUCACAGUGUCAUCUUCUCUUUGGAUUCUGAACAAAAGUCUGGAUUGCAGUCAACCGGGUCUUGACUACUGCAAAAUCAAUAACUGUUCAGACAAACGCAUGGUCAUACAACGUGCUCCUACCGGCCCAGAGUGGGGUCCUGAACAUGUGGGAGUCGGGAUCGACAAACAUGGGACUGUCCCUGUUAUGAAUGUGAUAUGGAAACUAAAGUCAGAUGCAGGUAUAUUAAGCCUUCAUGGAUCAGAGAUAAAUGUUCUGGAUGAAAGUACAAAUCAGAGUAUUUGUGCCCGGUUUUCUUACAACAUCCACCAACAGCUGAAUCCAAACCAUAAGAGGUGGACAUUUUCCUUGGAUGGAGUUGUGGUAGAGCCUGGGCAUACAUAUUCGGUGUCAGUUGUUAAUUUGCCAGAGCCCAAGAGUGGAGGCUACAGCAUCAGAAAGCAAAUUACCCUCCCAGGAUGUGGUGACAGCAGAAUCCAAACAGCCCAGAUCUGUCUUGAAAAUGGUAGUAUGUGGGAGCCUAACAUGACCGCUGCUAUGUCUGUUGAUAAGGAACAUAAAAAGCUGUCUGUGGUGGUGGGUUUUGAGGCAGCACAGUAUUCAGAGAGCUACCAAGUCUCCAUCCAGAGCCAGGCUUUCCACUAUUCAAAGAAUGUCUCAAAGGAAAAUGAAACAUCACUGAAUGUGACAUUUGAGCUUGAUUUGUGGCAGCUCUCACAAUGUGAAAUCUCGUUAACAAUUCAGCCACAUUUUAUGCGAUGCAGAACAGACUGUCGGCGCUCCAAGAAAUUAAUCAGUUACUGCCCUUAUUAUCAACCACGGACUUUAAUUGUAAAGGCAGUUGUGGGGCUGCUUGUCAUUAAUGCUUGUCUUUUGUAUUUACUGUGGACAGCAUCUCAUAAAGAUUCUGUGGACAUAUCUUCAUCUCCUGCCAAAGACCAACCAGAGGGUUUUCGAGUGCAUGAGGGGAAACGAGUCCUCAUCAUCUACUCCCUUGACCACCCAUUGUACAAAAACAUAGUCCUCAAGCUUUGUGACUUCCUGGCGACCAAAUGCGGCACUGAAGCAGUCCUGGAUCUGCUGGACUCUUCAAGACUGGGUGUGCUGGGAAGCAUUCAGUGGUUGGCCUGGCACCGAGAGCAAAUAGAAAGCUCUUCAGAUAAGAUACUAAUCCUGUGCUCACCAGGAGUACAGGCCAAAUGGAGAGCCAUGUGCGGUGACAAACAGGUUUUUCUGAGAGAGGACGUCUGCUCACCUGUAGGUGACAUGCUCACUCCAGCCCUCACCCUCAUGGUCCCCCAGUUUAUCCGAUCUGCAUCCUUUGAAAAAUACUUAGUGGCUUAUUUUGAUGAUAUUUGUUCAGAAAAGGAUGUUCCUUCACCUUUCAAAAUUACAGUACGGUACAAGCUGAUGAAACACUUUGAUGAGCUCUUUUUCAGAAUCCUGGACACAGAAAAGCAUGAACCAGGCCGAGUGAAUCACAUUGAAGGGCUUUCAGAGGACGAGUAUCAUCAGUGCCCCUCAGGUAGGGCCCUGCAGGAUGCUAUAAAGGCUUUCCGUGCAUACCAGCUGAAGCAUCCACAGUGGUUUGAAGAUCAAUUACUGGAGAGCUCAGAGCUGGAGGUUGAGGAGACCUCAGCUGAAAUCCAUGAUGAUGUAACCUCACAUACCUCAUAUUCUGUACCUGAUGCCACCCAUGUAAAGACACAAGGAAGUGAUUUCACUGCAGACAAGCAGCCCCUUUACAUGGCUGAACAGCUCCAAAUGUGCUCCUCAGUGGAAUUCAGUUGUCUUAUUGUUGAGGCCGUGCAGCCAGUUUGAUUUGAUUUCAUUAGGGUCUUGAGAUGAUCAAGAGGAAAAUAUGGAGGACAGUCCAUCCGUCGUGCAGUUUGAUGGCAACUAUUUCAUGAUUCAGAGGCCAAAUUCCAUGACAACUUCUGAAGAACAACAGAAAUCUGCUGAGAGAAAUUCACAGUUGAACUCCCCAGUGGAUACUAACAAUUAUGAAACUGACCAUGAAAUAAAGAGCAAGGAAUUAGUUGUUAGAUGUCAUAUUGAGGCAGAAAACUUGUAGGAACACUUAUCGCUUCUUUGCAACCUUUAUAAGGAAUAUCUACGUGGAUUUUUUUCCAAACAGACAUGCUUUUGUUGUUAUAUACAGUAUGUUGUACCAGAUUAAAUAUUUGCUUGUCUAGAUAUCUGUACUGCAGUAUUUUUAUUAUUAUUAUAAGUUGCACUCGUGUUCUCCAGGAGACAAUUCCACAGUAGUUCAGACCACAGUGAUCUGUGGUUGAUGCUUGUGGGCUGUGUAAACAGUGUUUGGGGUCAAAGUUCAGACUUCUGGGCAAAGUUUCUAAAAUUUUUGUUGCACUGAAGAAGGUAAGUACUAAACUCUGUUUGUGGAGACAGAAAUUUUUUUAUAGUGACCUGAUUGAAUGUAAUGUGUAAACAACUUUUUGACGUCUGAAAGCAUGGGUGUUUUGAUUAAGUAGUCAAUAUUUCCACCGCAGGUAAAUACAGCACAGAGCAUGUUUUUUCCAGAAAUGAGUUAAUGUUGAUGACUUCUUUACUGUCGAUUGAUGCAGAUUUUCAGAUGGGUUUUUGUGUAAUUUGGGUCUGUAAUUAUUGAUGUGUCUCUACUCCUCUAUUUCAUUGAUGAGAUAUUAGAUUAAAAAUUAAAGGUGUAAAAAUUACAGUGUUGACACAAAAAGAGCCGUACACUUUUAAAAAAAAAUUUCUUUCUUUUUUUCUUUUUCUCCUUUUUGUCUCUCGUGAGUUACUGCCGGUGUUAUACAUUUCAGCUAACAAUCUGCAGUGCAUAGAUGCAGUUAAGUAGGAGGAAAAGAUAACAAUACAGACCCUGUCUCUGGAAUUUGGGUGUCAGUUUUUGAGAGUGGCCCCAAAGGGGGGAGGGUGGUGGGAAUGUGUCCCAAAUAACUGGAGCAAAGAAAAUCAUCACAAUGGCUGACUAGGACUUGUGCCUUGCAGUGACAGAAAACACACUGCAGGGUGUGAUACAGCUUUGGGAGUCUAUUUGAUAUUUCCUUCAAGAAACUGAGGUAAUGUUGUUUAUUGUUUUGAUUUUGAAAAGCACAUCCUGUGUCACCUAUACAUUUUUUUAAAAGAUUUGUCUACACAGAACUUAAGUUAGAUACACUUUUCCUACCAAAUAAAGGAGUCUGCAUGAAGUUAACUUAGGAACAAAAACAACCUUAUAGUCCAUUUAGAGCAUUGGUGUUUGCAUUUUAUUUUGAAGAACUGUGAAGAUUGGGCUUUGACUGAGUCACCGCGAUGUCCUUUUUCUAUAUAAUGUUGUGGGAUUGUAAGGUUUGGAUGUUGAUGAAGAGACUUGCAGAGGUGACAAUCAUUGUCUGCUCAUUGUUUUUUGUUUAGCGUUUUGUGUUUUUGUUUUAAACUUUAAUCAGACAAUUAGAAAGUAAAUGUAAUUUCUCUUGACGUUCACUCUUGUUCAUUCUUGUUUAGACUAGCAUUGCCUAGGUACUACAAAUGUCAUCUGAUCAUGUCAAACAAUUAAAAAUUCACCUCCCAAACACUGGUAUUAAUGCAGAUAACUACCAGGGCUUGCCACUAAUAAAUCAAUCACAGUAUCAGGCUGCAAGAUUGAAAGACAGUUGAUCUACUCCAGGUGAUUUAACAAUGAGGAUCGGCUGACACUGCUUUUU